AUGGCGCGUCAUUGAAGAGAGACCAUGAUGGCGGCGGUCGGGGCACCAGAAGUGAUUUCCCAGCUGGAGAGCGCCGCCAAAGUUCUCAUGGCGCCGCCAUCUAUGGUCAGCACCGAGCAGCGCCAGCAUGCAGAGCACGUGUUCCUGUCCUUCCGUAAGUCCAAGUCGCCCUUCGCCAUCUGCAAGCACAUCCUCGAGACCAGCAGGGUGGACUACGUGCUCUUCCAGGCUGCCACCGCCAUCAUGGAGGCCGUGGUGCGAGAAUGGGUCCUCCUGGAGAAGGCCAGCAUCGAGUCCCUCAGGACAUUCCUCCUCACCUAUGUCUUACAGCGGCCCAAUCUGCAGAAGUACGUGAGGGAGCAGAUCCUCCUGGCCGUCGCUGUCAUCGUGAAGAGGGGCUCCUUGGACAAGUCCAUCGACUGUAAAAGCAUCUUCCACGAAGUGAGGCAGCUCAUCAGCAGCGGCAACCCCACAGUGCAAACACUGGCCUGCUCCAUCCUGACAGCCCUGCUCAGCGAGUUCUCCAGCUCCAGCAAGACCAGUAACAUUGGCCUCAGCAUGGAGUUUCACGGCAACUGCAAGCGCCUCUUCCAGGAAGAUGACCUGCGGCAGAUCUUCGUGCUGACCAUGGAGGUGCUUCAGGAGUUCAGUCGCAGGGAGAACCUCAGUGCUCAGAUGUCCUCUGUCUUCCAGCGCUAUCUGGCCCUGGCCAAUCAGGUGCUCAGCUGGAACUUCCUGCCUCCCAACCUUGGACGUCACUAUAUCGCCAUGUUCGAGUCCACCCAGAAUGUUACCCUGAAGCCCACGGAGUCCUGGCGCGAGGCACUGCUCGACACACGGGUCAUGGACCUCUUCUUCACCGUGCACAGGAAGAUCCGCGAAGACUCGGACAUGGCCCAGGACUCGCUUCAGUGCCUCGCUCAGCUGGCGUCGCUGCACGGACCCAUCUUCCCUGACGAGAGUGCACAGGUGUCCUACCUGGCACAUCUGGUGGAGGGGUUGCUCAACAUGAUCAAUGGGAUUGAGAUCGAGGACUCAGAAGCUGUAGGCAUCUCCAACAUCAUCAGCAACCUGAUCACCACAUUUCCCCGACGCAACCUGACGGCACUGCCCAGUGACCUCUUCUCCUCCUUUAUCAACUGCCUCACUCAUCUCACCUGCUCUUUUGGGUGCAGUGCUGCCCUGGAGGAAGUGCUGGACAAGGACGAUAUGGUGUACAUGGAGGCGUAUGACAAGCUGCUCGAGUCGUGGCUCACCCUGGUGCAGGAUGAAGAGCACUUCCCCCGCGGUUGCUUUGUCCAGCCUGCUGUGCAGGUGUUCAACUCUUACAUACAGUGUCACUUGGCUGCUCCUGAUGGCACACGUAACCUGACAGCAAAUGGCGUGGUGUCGCAUGAUGAGGAUGAGAUCAACGAGCUGCAGGAGGAUGACCGGGAGCUCUUCUCGGACCAGCUGGCCAGCAUUGGCAUGUUGGGACGGAUUGCGGCCGACCACUGCAUCCCUCUGCUCACGAGCUUAUUAGAGGACCGUGUCACCCGGCUACAUGGGCAGCUUCAGCGGCAUCAGCAGCACCUCCUGGCGGAAUCGGGCCCUGAGUCGCUGGACCGCAAAGUCCUGGAUGACCUCUACGAAGAUAUCCACUGGCUCAUUCUAGUCACAGGCUACCUCUUAGCAGAUGACCCCCAAGGUGAAACCCCCCUCAUCCCGUCUGAGGUGAUGGAGUACUCCAUUAAGAACUCCUCCGAGGUGGAUAUCAACACUACGCUGCAGAUCCUCGGCUCCCCUGGCGAGAAGGCCUCCUCCAUCCCAGGAUGCAACAGGACUGACUCGGUCAUCAGGCUGCUGUCGGCGGUGCUGAGGACGUCGGAGGUGGAGUCGCGCGCCACCAGGGCCAGUCUCACGGGGCUCCUGAGCCCCCAGAUGGGCAAGGACAUCAUGUGGUUUCUGCGCCGCUGGGCCAAGACCUACCUGCUCGUCGACGACAAGCUCUACAGCCAGAUCAGCAUCCCCUUGAGCACGGCGUUCGGGGCUGACACGGAGGGUGCCCAGUGGAUUGUGGGAUACCUGCUGGAGAAGGUCAUCAACAACCUGUCAGUGUGGAGCUCAGAGCCGGACCUCGCCAACGACACAGUGGAGCUUCUGGUCACACUUGUGGAGAGAAGGGAAAGGGCCAACCUCGUGGUCCAGUGUGAGAGCUGGUGGAAUUUGGCCAAGCAGUUUGCGAGCCGCAGCCCCCCCCUGCACCUGCUGUCCAGCUCUGUUCAGCGCUCGCUCAUGAAAGCCCUGGUCAUGGGGGGCUUCGCCCACAUGGACACGGACACCAAGCAGCAAUACUGGAGCGAGGUGCUGCAGCCACUUCAGCAGCGCUUCCUCAAUGUCAUCAACCAGGAGAACUUCCAGCAGAUCUGUCAGGAGGAAGAAGUAAAGCGGGAGAUCGUGGCCACACUGGAGGCGCUGUGCGGUAUCGCCGAGGCCACGCAGAUCGACAAUGUGGCGGCGCUCUUCAGCUUCCUCGUCGACUUCCUUUCAAACUGCAUUGGCCUCAUGGAGGUAUACAGGAACACGCCAGAGACAGUCAACCUCAUCAUUGAGGUGUUCGUGGAGGUGGCGCACAAGCAGAUCUGCUACCUGGGGGAGUCCAAGUCCAUGAAGCUGUACGAGGCGUGCCUGACCCUGCUGCAGGUGUACUCCAAAAACAACCUGGGGCGCAAACGUGUGGACGUGACGGCCGAGGAGGACCAGUACCAGGACCUACUGCUCAUCAUGGAGCUCCUCACCAACCUGCUGUCCAAGGAGUUCAUCGACUUCAGCGACACUGAUGAGGUGUUCCGGGGGCAGGACCAGGGCCCAGGGGCUGGGCACUCUGUGUCAGCUGCUGACGUGGUGCUUUACGGGGUCAACAUUGUGCUGCCUCUCAUGUCCCAGGAUCUGCUCAAGUUCCCCUCACUGUGUAACCAGUACUACAAGCUUAUUACCUUCAUCUGCGAGAUCUUUCCGGAGAAGAUCCCUCAGCUCCCGGAGGACCUCUUUAAGAGCCUCAUGUACUCCCUGGAGCUGGGCAUGACCUCGAUGAGCUCUGAGGUCAGUCAGCUGUGCCUGGAGGCCCUCACUCCCCUGGCGGAGCAGUGUGCCAAGACCCAGGAGACGGACACGCCCCUCUUCAUCGCCACACGCCACUUCCUCAAACUCGUGUUUGACAUGCUGGUGCUGCAGAAACAUAACAUGGAGAUGACGGUGGCUGCAGGAGAAGCACUCUACACCCUUGUGUGCCUACACCAGGCCGAGUACUCAGAGCUGGUGGAGUCACUGCUCUCCAAUCAGCGGGAUGCGGUCAUCUACCAGCGGUUGGCUGAUGCCUUCAACAAGCUGAGUGCCAGCAGCACUCCUCCAACCAUGGACCGCAAGCAGAAGGUGGCCUUUCUCAAGAGCCUCGAGGAGUUUGUGGCCAAUGUGGGGGGGCUGCUCUGCGUCAAAUAA